AUGAGCUCGCUAUCUGGCAAGGAAGUCGCAACGCACAACUCGCGCGAGAGCUGUUGGAUCAUAGUGCAUGGCAAGGUAUACGACGUGACAGAAUUUCUGGAUGAGCACCCCGGUGGCUCCAAGAUCAUCCUAAAGUAUGCUGGAAAGGAUGCUACGGCAGAAUACGAGCCCAUACAUCCCCCGAACGCCAUUAGUGAUAACCUACCUCCUGAGAAAUGCCUCGGCGCUGUGGACAUGGGUACAGUGGAGAAGGUCGAGGUUCAGAUUACAGACGCAGAGAAAGCUCGCCUGGAACGAAUGGAAAACCGCCCGUCGCUUGAUCAGGUUCUAAACCUGCAUGACCUUGAGGCAAUCGCGCGUCAGGUUAUGCCGGAGAAGGCAUGGGCCUACUACUCUUCGGCAGCGGACGACGAGAUAACCAACAGGGAGAACCAUUCGGCAUACCAUCGAGUAUGGUUCAGACCACGCGUCUUGCGCGAUGUGACUAACGUGUCAUGGUCUACCAAUAUCCUUGGGCACCGGACAUCCAUGCCGGUUUACAUCUCUGCGACCGCGUUGGGUAAACUGGGCCACCCAGAAGGCGAGCUGAACUUGACGCGCGCAGCGGCUAAGCAUGGCGUGAUCCAGAUGAUACCGACGCUCGCCUCGUGCUCUCUCGACGAACUCAUCGAUGCGGCUCAGCCUGAUCAAACCCAAUUCUUCCAGCUCUAUGUCAACAAGGAUCGCGAGAUUACCAAGCGCAUCGUUCAGCAUGCCGAAAAGCGGGGUAUCAAGGCCCUGUUUAUCACUGUCGAUGCUCCACAGCUUGGACGCCGGGAGAAGGACAUGAGAAUGAAGUUCGAUGCGGACGAGGAUCCCGACGCAGUGAAAAAGUCCGGCGGGGAAGUCAAUAGGAGCCAAGGCGCCGCAAAGGCUAUCACAGGCUUUAUCGAUCCCGGACUGAGUUGGAAAGAUAUCCCUUGGUUCAAGAGCAUCACCAACAUGCCGCUCAUUCUCAAGGGUGUUCAAUGUUGGGAGGAUGCUCUAGAGGCAUAUGAUCAGGGGCUCGCGGGUGUUGUUCUGUCCAAUCACGGUGGAAGGCAACUUGAUUUCGCACGGUCGGGACUCGAGGUGCUGGUCGAGGUCGUGCAAAAAUUCAAUGAGAAGCGUGGCAUGACAUUCCCCAACCCGAGAUUCCAAUUGUUCAUCGAUGGUGGCGUGAGGCGCGCCACCGAUGUCCUCAAGGCCGUGGCUCUCGGUGCCACUGCGGUUGGUAUCGGCCGACCCUUCAUCUACGCUUAUUCCGCGUACGGCCAGGAAGGUGUAGAACAUGCCCUCCAGAUUCUUCAGGACGAGUUUGAGAUGAACAUGCGCUUGCUUGGGGCCAAGAGCAUCGCGGACGUUGUACCGGACAUGGUAGAUGCCUCUGGGAUCCGGGCCCAUACCGUCGCAGUUCCAGGGGAUCGUCUUUACGACAACAACUAUGAGAGUAUGCAGCAUGCACGCCUCAGGGAGUUGAAGGCGAAACUCUGA